AUGUCGUCGGUCAAAGCCACAAAGAAGAGCGCUUUCUCUUGUGAGCCGUGUCGUAGACGCAAGGUCAAAUGCGGCGGCGAGCAACCGAUUUGCAAUCGCUGUGCUGCUAGAAGCGAUGACUGUAUUUACAAACUAAACCCGACUCUGUCUUACACCCAGCGCCUUGAGGAACGCAUCAAAGAAUUGGAAGACCAACUCGCUGCUAUCAAAUCUCCUCCCUCAGUGGCUGCCUCCAAUCAUUCGAGUCCUGGCGUCUGGAACGGCCAUGACUUGAAUCGCCAUCCGGAUGAGCAUGCAAUGACGAGGAGCUUCAUGGGUCUCAAGAUCGACGACAAGGGUGGCAUUACUUACCAUGGACCGACCAGUCUCUUCAAUCUUCCCAGUGACCCUCACAAGCAUAAGCCAGACUCGAUAUCAUCCAUUGACUCAGAUGCUCAUAGGAGAGAGCGAUUGGUCAACAAUGCUUGGCAUCAGCGAGCGAUGGAAAACCUGUCUGAUAUCCCAGAACCAUUUCAAUACCUUCUGAACGUACAUUGGUGCUGGAUCCAGCCUCUUUUUAACUUUAUCUACAGGCCUGCAUUCACUCGUGACAUGCAAUCCAUGGGACCGUACUAUUCUCACACUCUUUUGAAUGCUAUGCUCUCACAUUCCAUCCGCUGGGGUAAAAGUGAUCCCUCCACCAAACAAUUGCUGGAUCAGUCUUAUGAUGGAGGAGCUGUCUUUGCAAAACACGCCCGAAGUAUGCUUUUCGACGAACUAAGGGAGUGUGGCCAUGGCAACACAACACAGGCUUGGAUUUAUAGCGGAAUAGCGUUUCGUCUCAUCGAUCAUUUGGGCAUUUGUGUUGAUGGACAGAGAUAUCCAGGAUCCGUUCAUUUGACUGACGAAGAGGUCGAGAUUCGACAUCGACUUUACUGGAGUUGCUAUUUCUGGGAUAAGAUCAUCAGUCUAUACCUCGGUCGCUCGCCUUCACUGCAACAUACACAGGUGUCUCCGCCCCAGAUUAUCAUGGACGACUCGGCUGAGAAUGAGCUCUGGGUCCCCUUCGACUCUCCUCAUGGAUCAGAUUGGAAGUAUCCUCCCGCGACAGCCCACUCAACUUCUUGUUUCAUGAGUGCUUGUCGAUUAUCGGUCAUCUUCAAUGAGAUUCUUAUUCACAUGUAUGAUCCAUUACUGGAGAAUACCGAGGCAGAGAUGCAAGAGUGUCUCCAGACUCAAGACCCUGCCAUGAGACUAUGGUGGGAACAACUUCCCCCUCAUCUCAAGAUCGAGCUCUCCGCCAUGCCUGAGCUAGCACCCCCAUCACACAUCGUCACCAUGAAUGCUCUAUAUCAUACGUUCAGAAUCCUCCUGUUCAGGCCGAUGCUCAGCUGGCAGGUCUAUCCAGAGGAUGAAGGCCCUCAUCCGAUGCAAAACCAUCUUGUGGAAUGCGUCACAUCUGCGACAUCUAUCAUAGCCAUCUUCGAUCUUUUCUGCAGAACAUUCACCAUCAGCCACUGCGUUCUAUCACUCUCGUACAGUGUGUAUAUCGCGGCCACAAUCUUCCUUUUGCAGGUUCAAGCUACGCCUGAGGACCAACAAGCAGUUCGCAAGCUGAGCUUCUGCGUAAGAGCCUUGCAUCAGGCCAAAACUGUUAAUCCAGUCAUCUCAAGUGCUUUGGAUCUGAUCACCCGAGAGAUGGCGAAUCUUGGGCUUGACCCGGGAUUUAGUACACCACAACAACAGCCUCCUCCACCUAUGCCUCAACCUAUGGCAGAUGUUCCGAUGCCUACAGACAUACCGAUUACCGAGACUAUUUACCCAGCUUCAUUUGAUAUACCCGCACAGCAAUCACCUUACGAGCCGGAGCAGCUGUUUCAGACACCGUGGGCUGACAAUAUGAAUCCGAAUGCAAUGGCCGUCGACCGAGGAGUUUUCGAGGCUUUAUCUUCCUUUGAGCCCCUGAGUGUGCGGGUGGGCGCUAUCUACGAGUCAGGAAACAAUCCUCAGAAUUUUGGUUGA